CAUUUCCCCCCUCGUCUGGAGAGAGGAAUUUAUGCGCAUGCGUUUUCUCCCUUCCUCCUCUGUUUGCGGUGGUGCCUGUUGUUCCCGCCCUCGCCCCCCCCCCGCUCGGGUCAGGUAGCCGCUACUGAAUGACAGUAAUCAAGACCGGGUGAGCUGCAGCGGCGGCCCCGAGCGGUUCCUUCCUCGCUCCGUCCCCUUCGCAGGAUUCAGAGAACAGGAGUAGUUCAUGUCCAGAGUGAAGAUUUGCUCCUGGACACUUCAGUCUUGCAUCUCAUCUGAUGCAGUGGGGUCCAUGUGUGUACCAGUCUUCAGGCGAUGGAAGUGGGGAAAUCACCGGGUGUUGGAGCAACAUGAGGAGAAUUCAGGAAUGUGGGAGAGGUGCAUCAAAGCUACUGGAUUAUUGUGCCAACAAGUAGUAAAACAAGCACAUUCACAGGAAUGAUUACUCUGUUGCCUUGGAAAUGAAGUGACUACCCUGCUGCUGUAAAUGUAGGGCAGAAGAUCAAUGGUGUGGGCAGUAUGGAGCUAAUGAACGGGCAGUCGAGCAAUGUUAGUAUUGUCGCUACUGCUUCAGAGAAGAGUAGCAGCUCUGAAUCCUUAAGUGACAAAGGUUCUGCUGAACUGAAGAAAAGCUUUGAUGCAGUGGUAUUCGACGUUCUCAAGGUUACACCAGAAGAAUACGCUGGUCAGAUAACACUAAUGGAUGUCCCAGUAUUUAAAGCUAUUCAGCCAGAGGAAUUGUCAAGUUGUGGGUGGAAUAAGAAAGAGAAGUACAGUUCUGCACCACAUGCAGUUGCCUUCACAAGAAGAUUCAACCAUGUAAGCUUCUGGGUCGUUAGAGAGAUUCUUCAUGCACAAACUUUAAAAAUAAGAGCUGAAGUUUUGAGCCACUAUAUUAAAACCGCUAAGAAACUUUAUGAGCUGAAUAACCUGCAUGCCCUUAUGGCAGUGGUGUCUGGAUUGCAAAGUGCCCCCAUCUUCAGGCUGACUAAAACUUGGGCGUUAUUAAGCCGAAAAGACAAAACUACCUUUGAAAAAUUGGAGUAUGUUAUGAGUAAAGAAGAUAAUUACAAACGACUUAGAGACUAUAUUAACAGCUUGAAGAUGACUCCUUGUAUUCCUUAUUUAGGUAUUUAUCUCUCGGACUUGACGUAUAUUGACUCCGCAUACCCAUCUACAGGGAGCAUUCUGGAAAGCGAGCAGAGAUCAAAUUUAAUGAACAACAUACUUAGAAUAAUUUCAGAUUUUCAGCAGUCCUGUGAAUAUGAUAUUCCUCUGUUGCCUCAUGUCCAAAAAUACUUGAACUCAGUUCAAUACAUAGAAGAGCUACAAAAGUUUGUGGAAGAUGACAAUUACAAGCUUUCAUUAAAGAUAGAGCCAGGAACCAGCACCCCUCGUUCUGCUGCUUCCAGAGAAGAUUUAGUAGGCUCUGAAGUGGGAGCAUCUCCACAAAGUGCACAGAAAAGUGUUGCAGCUGAAGGAGCAUUGCUACCACCAACUCCCCCAUCACCUAGGAACCUGAUACCACAUGGGCAUAGGAAAUGUCACAGCUUGGGAUACAAUUUCAUACACAAAAUGAAUACAGCAGAGUUUAAAAGUGCAACAUUCCCCAACGCAGGACCAAGGCACCUAUUGGACGACAGUGUCAUGGAACCUCAUGCCCCAUCCAGAGGGCAAGCAGAGAGCUCCACCCUUUCUAGUGGAAUUUCAAUAGGUAGCAGUGAUGGUUCAGAACUUAGUGAAGAGACUUCGUGGCCAGCAUUUGAAAGGGAACCCAUCAAUCUGGAAACUGACUGGGGUAACCAUGCCCACAUGAACAGAUUAUACCAUUCUCUCGGUCCGGUGACAAGAGUGGCACGAAAUGGCUAUCGAGGCCACAUGAAGGCCAGCAGUUCUGCAGAAUCUGAAGAUUUGGCUGUUCAUUUGUAUCCAGGAGCAGUUACUAUUCAAGGUGUUCUCAGGAGGAAGACUCUAUUGAAGGAAGGCAAAAAGCCUACAGUAGCAUCUUGGACAAAAUACUGGGCAGCACUAUGUGGAACCCAGCUUUUUUACUAUACUGCAAAGUCUUUGAAGGCUACAGAGAGAAAACACUUCAAAUCUACACCAAGUAAAAAUGUGUCCGUGGUAGGAUGGAUGGUGAUGAUGGCUGAUGACCCAGAACAUCCUGAUCUCUUCUUGCUGACUGAUUCUGAGAAGGGAAAUUCAUACAAGUUUCAAGCUGGUAACAGAAUGAAUGCAAUGCUGUGGUUCAAACAUCUGAGCGCUGCCUGUCAAAGCAACAGACAACAGGUUCCUGCCAACUUGAUGUCUUUUGAGUGAAAAGCUAAUUCAAAACAUGAAAGAGAACAAUUUGAUGAAUUGUUCAUCUCAUAAUUUGAGCAUGAUGUCCUGAAGAAAGCAUGCCAGCUAUAAAUUUAUUUCUGUGCCAGAACAGAACCUAAAGGUUCAAUCUCUAAACGCUGGAGUACUGAACAACAAAGCACUAAGAGUUUGGGGAAUGGAUUUCCCUGAGUGAAAAAUGGAGUUGCAACAUGAACUGCUAUGGACCAUGCUUCUUAAUGUUUUCUGAACUGACCUGUGGAAACCACUGCCUUAAAGAGUGAAAGGAAAACCAACAUGAAACACCAAAUAGUGUGUGUGAAACUUAUGGCGGUGCUGUGCUUGGGUUAAAUCGGUUGUAGCUUAUUUGCAUUUCUUUUAACUUUAUACUAAUUUUGGGGGGAAAACCACCUUUUUAGGUAUUCUUUAAAAAGGGUAUAACCAUAUUUCUUAAGGGUUGCAUCAACAGCUGGGGUUUAGACUGGGGAUAUAGCGGUACUUACACAUUCUAGGGAUGUUGUUUAGACUAUACUAGCAGCCUUCAAUUGGAGCUUCUCUCAGGCUCACUUGAUCUGGAGCAUCAUUAAUUCUGUCAGACCUAGAGUAUGAGACCUGUAACAAAUGCAGUGGUUUUUGUUAGUUUGGGUUUUUUUGUUUUGUUUUUUUUUUUAAGUACUAAACUUGGUAACCUUAGUACUGUAUAGGAACCUUACUUCCUGCCAGUGGCACAAAGGCUGAGUGUUUGUACAGAACACUUUUUCUUGUAAGCAGGAUCAUGAUACAUGCUUGUCUAAUUCCUGGUUGAAUAAUAGUCUGUUUUGUUUUGUUUUUUUAAGUGGGAGUUGUGAGGUGUCAUCAGGUCAGAACUGAAUGUUUCCUUUCCAUUGUGUUUCUGUACUGGCUACUUUCCUCCAUAUGAUGGUUCCACUACACAACAAACACUGGAUAUAGCUCACAGAGGUGUUUUACUUCUCUGGAGGGAUAUUCCCCUACUUACAGUUAAAGGUAGGGAAUAGCAGAAGACCCUCUCUCAGGGUAAGAUGCUUCAGAGUAUCAGUUUUAUAAGACCUCUUUUUUACAGUGUUUGAGACACAAUGUCAGAAUUUCCAUAUUUUCAUUUUGAAAUAAUUGGUUGUAAUUAUCUGUAUUAUUCAAGAUUUAGGAGCUUGAACUAUAUUGGCAAUUCCUAGAGAAGUUUAAUCUAGGAAAGAAAAAUAGGGUGGACUAGAUAAUCAAAACCUUUUCCCUCUAUAUGAGUAAUUCUUUGUCACUAAAUGUACUUACUCAAAAAAUUUAAAAUCCCAAACAGGAGGACAAAUUUGCUGUGUUCUAUGCAUUAGAUUUUCAUUCAUGCCUUAUUUUGGGUUCUUUUAAGUUACCUAAUUGUAGUCUCUUUACACAAAGCCCUAUUUAACAUUCAGAACAUUGAUCUUUAUAAAUAUGGAAGAAAUUCCAAUCGUGUCCAGGAAAACUUCUUGAAAAAAUGGUAGAUAUUCCACUGACAUUAUAAUUCAAAAGCAGUAAAUAAGCUUACAGUUGCACCCCUAGACUUUCUAAGACUAUCCAGUAGUCUCAGGUAAUGAGUUCUCUUGAUAAUCUUAAAAAAAAAAAAAAAAAAAAAAAAAGUUUCCAGAGGUGGUAAUUUGUUUGGUAAUGUACACUUCAUUUACUAAAUCAGGGUAAGGGGAUAGAAUUUAACACAUUAAAGUUCCAAGAAUCAUAAUGACAUUUUCUUAACAGAAAUAAUUUGUGACUGAUGAGGCAGAGGAGGAAGAUUGCUGUUCCUAUUGAGAGAACAAACUAGCAUAAAGAGAGAUCCAUUCCUGGGGAAAGAGAGAAGUAGAAAGUUGGGGCAUUUCCAAAUGUUACUCUGUGAAAUCUCUUUUUAGUAUAGAGGAUAUAGUAGAUGCACACUUCUGCGUCACACUUACAGCAAAGCUAGAAGUAAGUUUUGAUUUGGUGUCCCUUUGUAUAUCUUUUUCUGUGGAGAGUGAAUAAUCAGUUCUGAUCCUGAAGUAGUAUAUCCUGAAAGGAGGUUGCUCAUGAUGAAUCACUUUUCAGUUCACACAUCACUUAACCCAUGUUGGGUGUCUAGCAGAGACAACAUCUUCAUAGCCAACAGUAUUACUGUAAUAGACUUUGCACAGCUUUAGUUUUUGGUUUGCAUUUUUAAAAUUACUUAGUGUGUGUUUCUUCUCAAAAGUGUUUUUAACAAAAUGUAUGUACUUUUUUUAAGCAUUGUGUAUGGUAACCCUGUGGAUUUUGAAUUUUUUAAUAAGCUAAUUUAGAUGCAGGUUAACUAUAUCUAUUCUUAUGUUAGUGAGAGGAAACAUGAAACUGGGAGCCACAGCCUGACAUCACACAGCUUUGCUGAAGACAGAGUUGGGGCAGAAGAUGUUGUUUUUGUUCUUUGCAUUUAUCUAUCUGUCUUUUCUGUUUUUAUGGUACAUAGGUAAGAUGGGCAAAGCAAUGCUGAGCCCUUCUCAAUAGUCGUCAUUAGAUGAAUCAUUGCCUGUAGCUGCUCUCUGCCUAUUUAGACAUCAUAUAUCAUUUUGAUCUUUAUUUUUCUAGACUCAAAUAUCUCAUUUUUCAUGUGAGAUCUGUUGAAAAAAGAAGCAUCCUAAAAUGUUUAGCAAGAGUAAUAAGAGAAACUGAUUAAUGAAAACAUUUUUAGAUACUUAGUACCAGAAGUUCAAUAUCUAGUUCUGUUUUAUCCUGUAUUAAUUCCAGUAAUCCUUCAGAUUGUCGCAUAAACACUGAGACUUUACAUCUUUUGAAUUGGAAGAUUAUUAGGGAAAAGUUAUUUUUUUCUCUUCUGAGAGGAAACCUGUCACAGAAAGCUUAAAUAGAAUGACAACUAAAAUCAACUAUGAAGAGCACAGUAAUCCACCUCUCUGUAAAAAAUAGUAGUUAAACAAAAUGUUUAAAGUAGUACUGGGAAAACAGGACAGCAGCCAGAUAUAGACAGGUAGGAUGCACUAUCCAGAAUGUCUGAUUGUGUUUGUCUUUGGUUUAUCUUGCAAUGUUUUUUUUAAUCUUUACUUUCAGUAACUGUUGAAAUUUUGCAGCUAACAUUCAUAACUUUAUUUUGUUGUAUUUAUAUCUUUAGUGAAAGUGGUCUCUUGAGAUGUCUUGUAGAACAAAAGAUCCAUUAUUACAGGAAUGUGGACAAAAAUAGUUGAGUAGAUCUUCCUGGCUGGAUUAUAUGUAAAUGUAGAUCAUCUGCUGACUGGUAUACUACAAAGCCACUUUUUUUCACAGUUCAACUUCCUACAAGAUUUUCAGUUUAAACACCAACAGAGAGUCGACUCAGUUUAGAGAAUUAGUUGUGGUGAUACUAAAUGUAGUGCACUUCUAAUACAUUUCUGGCCAGCGUAAAUUGAAGUACUAAAUGCUAACUUAAUGUUAUUUCUUUAUAACUUCAGCCCCAUUUAAUCAAAUGGUUUCCAUUUCAGUGUUCUUAAAGAGCUAAUAUUAGUCACAAUUGAUUUUACAAAGUGGGAUCCAUACAGUUUGAGUUAAUCUAGGCAUGUGCUUCAUUUUACAAACCAUUUCUUAUGGAAAAUGCCGUUGAAACUCUGAUUCAAUGUGCAUUUGAGUUAAGUAUGUGCCACAUGAUUUUAAUAUCCAACUUUUAACCUCUCCUACAAGGAACUUUUUAAAGAUUCUAAAAAGCAGAUACCACUCCUGUAAGAUCUGAAAAGGAAAAAGCUCACUACACUAAAAAUCUUCAGGGUGAUAUUCACUUCCUCAAUUCUGCACUCUCUCGUGUGGUCCUUUUGGGGAAUUGACUAAUUGUUAACUUUCCCUCUCAGAACUCAGAUGUGUUAUAAAAGAAUUUGCAGCAACAUUAUUGCUGCUAGCAGUACAUUUACUAUUGAAAAUGAAAACAUAUAAGAAACAAACUAUCAAGGAAACACAAAAGAAUACAACACAGUUACAUCAGCUUAUUUUUGUUGAUUGACGUUAACUCAGUAGUUUAAAUGCUAGUUUCCUUGCCACAUUUUAAGUGCACUUAUUUGCAAUUAAAUUUUUAGAAGAACGUAAUCUUCCGUUGUUAAUGAGAAACGUAACAAGAUUGUCAACUGGAAGACGCUUUCCCUUCCAACAGAAAUAAAUAUAGCUUUGUGCUGCUAAGGCACUGUAGGCGAUUGGGUCCCUUUUGAUAAAAGGAAAAUUUAGUGGUGGUAUUUUUCUGGCUCCUGCAGUGGCAUUUUUCUUCAUUCUCCUCCUCUGGUAUUUUCAUUCACAAGCAGUAGUAGUCCUAAUCUUUUCACAGCCGUCUUAGUACACUGCCUGCUCUAAGCUUCAGAACACUAGAAUUGGUACUAAUCACACCAAUGAGUUGUUUAUUCUUGCUAUGAGGUCAACUUUUAAAAGCGUUGUUAUUUAAAUAGCGACCCUUUCUUUUUUUUCCUUUUCCUUUCCCUAAAAAUGGCUUGUGUCUAAAGUAAACCGAUUUGAUGUUUGGGAGAGUUGUAAUUGAAGGAAUCUGUAUAAAUGAAUGCUGAACUUCUUCAAUGGGUACAACUGAAUUUCUUUCUGGUCAUCAUCCAAACUCUUAUGGGGAGGCAGACACUUGGAUCUGAGAGAGACUGGUCAGUGCCUUAUUAUUGUCAGUUUGAAGUCCAGUUCUGUUGUUCGAUAGCUGAAAAUAGCAACCACUGGACCAAAUUACUUUCCCUGAUUUCUGUAGUGUGUACCCUCUUUCCCACCAUUUUUACUUUUCUAACAGAAGGAAUUAGUCAAUUUUGGUGUGUGUAAGAUAGAUAUAAUUUAAAUUACUAAGCUGUUUUUCUAGGUUUCGUAAUUUUUUUUUUAGCAGAGCGACCAUUGACAGAUUUGUCUGCAGUUUUAUCAGAACUGUCUAAACCAUCUUGUAACAAUUUUUCUUCCACAUAUGAAAAAUUUGGAAUGUCAAGCAUAACUGAAAAAAGCAACAAGACUAAAUAAGGGUCAGAAGACAUUCCCAGUAAUUUCUAGGGUUUGUGAACUUUAGUUCCCCUAGCUAAAAAUGAGGAUUCUCUCUUCGUUUUUAUUCUUUUGAAACACUAUACUGUACAAAAGUGAAAGGAUUAUACCUAGCAACCUUUUUGUUAAUUUAGAAUAAAUAUCAAGGAGAAACUUUAAAAAAACAGACAAACUGUAUAUUGUAUCUUUUCUUGACAUACUUUAAACUCAUUUGUGCAGGGGUGGUUCUAUUUCUGGUGUCAUACCAUCUAGUGAAAACUAUCAUUCAUUAAAAUAAAUGUAUAUGAUUAACUACGUUUCCCUACAAGAGAUUUGUGAGCUUUGAAGCAUUAAGCUUUGAAACACAUAGCUUUGGAGGGAGAAAUUAAUUAAUAAGCUUUCACAGGUUGAGUUUUUUUAAAGCAAGAAAAGCCACAUACAAUAGAAUAUUCAUUUUCCUCUAAGACAUUAUGGUAGAAAACAGAGCAUUUCUACACUGCAGUGUUUUUAACUUCAGAUGUUUGAAAGGAAAAGCAUAACCUAGCACAGACAUGAUCAACCUUAAAGGGUUCUUCAGUGACAAAUGAAAAGAUUAGCCCAAGGUGAAGAAAGCAGAGUUUUGAGUGUAGCCAUGCAUGUUACAAAACAGAGUUGAGGAUUUUUCUCAAGGACUAUUACUAUAAAAAAGUGCCACAAUGAGAUGGAGGCUUCUGCAGAUCAGGCCAUGGUUGCUAAUUGCUGGAGAUUUUUCUCAAACAGCCAGGAGCAACGUAAACAUUCAGUUUCUUCUGUACACUUGAUUAGUAUCAAAUUUACCUGAGAGGGUUGAGGCCUCCAAUUCCUCAGCAAUGCUCUUGCCAUUCCAGAACUGCUCUGAAAUAUGGUCCAAAAGUAGUAAAAGUUGACCAGUUAAAUAGGGAAAGAAAGGGUCUUUAGGGUCCACCUGUUUACAGAGCCUUUGACUCCUUGCAAACAGAUAAAUACACCCAUUCAAGCCCUACUGUAGUAGUGCAGAGACUGGGGAAAUCAUACAGCCUAUAAUAAUCCAGGGAAGAAAAACAAAGAUUGUUUAUAUGGUAAACACAAGCCAUUUUUAAUGUUGUUCUUCCAUGUUGACUUGAGAUGCGUUAGUGAUAGUAAUUGCACUAUGACCUCUAUGAGUGAUGUGCAGUUGGGCUGUCCUCUAGCCUUUUUUCUUCUAUUUUUUUAAAUACUUUAGUGUGGGCGUGUGUGAAAUUGUGUGUUUGCAUAAGCUAGUUUAAAAUGACUUUAAGUACGGAUUUCAGAAGUCUUUCCUACUGAAAUAAAUGAUUUAAAAUAUG